AUGAGUGGAAAUCGAGUAUGUGCAUUGCUUGGAGAAUUGGGGUAUGGAGGGGCAGAUGCACUAGACCCAGACAGCUUUGAGUGGCCUUUCCAAUAUGAAGACGCAGGCCCUCUCCUCGACUGGAUCUGCUCCAGUCUCCCCCUUCCAACGUCCUCUCCCUUUCUGACCUCUCCCAAUGCGGGUCUUGAAAAAGUGUGGGAUGUAAAGCCGUUGGUUAAUGGGAAGGACAUCAUGACUGUUUUGCAACUUAAAUCUGGAGGACCGCUUCAACAAAAACUGCUUGCAUGGCAGCUUGCUCAUCCUACAGGGACUGCAGAGGAAUGCCUUGAUUGGAUGAAAGAAACUCAUUUGAAGCGUGCAAAGAUGGAGUAA